AGCUGUGUGUGUGUGGGGGGGCUGUGUAUGAUCUUCGUGUCGAGCGUCGCUUAGUGAGUUACACUAGCUGUAUAUACACACUACACGUAAACAACAGUCUAACGCGCACGUGACCUACCGUAUUAUGUGCGUCGAUAAUCAUCAGUUGCCGUACACAUUAUGUGCAGAGGUAGCACGGGGUUGAGUCAUCCAAUGCGAGGCACAUAUGGAGAUCUCGGUACUGAGUGUGGUGGACACUCUGAGGAGUGUGGGGUUCUCGGCAGCCAACUGGAGAGAGCUGGCACAGAGACUCAAACCAGACGUCGACCUCGGCGCCGUCUCUGCCGACAACCACUGCUCCCAGGACCGUCUGGAGGCCGUCGUGUCGUCGUGGUUACGAGACGGAGAUCUCCCAGGGGGCGGGGUCUGGGAGGUGCUGGCGACGGCAGUCGAGAGGUGUAGGGGAGGAGGGAGGAACGUAGCCACAAAGAUUCGACAGAAAGUGGAAUCAUUAGGUAGUAGUGCUGAUGACGUAGGUACUGGAAUGAGGACAGAAGUUACCAUACCCUCCCUU